AUGACAGCGGCGGCUGGGCUGCAGCGGCUCUCCACAGUGACGCGCCUAGGCCGCUGUUGUUUGCCCGUGGUGAGGUGUUUGACUGCAGCAACGGUCACCACAAGAACCUCGACGAUGGUGACACACGGAACCGCUGACACGCAGAGACAGUGCCGCUGUGCAGGGCCGGCGCUGGGGUUGCUGCCACCGCUGGGCGUGGUGCUGCCGCCGCUUGUUGGUGCUCGAUCCCUGCACACGCUCCCGCGGGCGUUGGGCAGGUAUGGCCCAAGCAAGCAGGUUCAACAACAGCAUCGACAAAGAGCCGAGCGGGAGACCGCGUAUCGCGACAUUGAUGAGAUGGACUUCGGUCCGCAGCAGGAUGCGAGGCAAUCCGACGCUCGACAGGACAGGCCAGCGUUUCAUGCACGCAAAACACCGCCGCCGUCAGCAAGGGAAGAGCACUACCAUCGGUAUGGUGAUGAGCAGGAUGACGCCGGAGGAGACUCGGGUUCUAGGCGUCGGGGUCUUGGUGGCUGGAUCUUGACCAUGAUGAAGUGGCUGCUGUUCGCCAGCAUCGUCUCCUUCUUCACCAUUCUCGCCGUUCAAGACGAUACAAGCGAUGUUCUCACCGUUGAAGUCAUGGAGGACGCAAACGUCGCCGAGUUCAUGUUGAAGAAGGAAGCGCUUGAGCGGGCUGUGCAGAAGUUCACACAGGCGCCACUGGUCGAGAGCUACAUCGGCAAGCCACGGCACAUGACCCUCUUCCCCAUGUACUCCCUGCCGGGCACCUUUGUGCCAGAGCACGAGCGCAGCCUGGAGCCAAACUACGACCUUGUUGCGCCGUGUCGCAAGCCCCACGCCAACCUCAACCACUGGUACCCAUCCGUUCUCCUCUACUGCAACCACACCACGUUUCUACUGCACUUCCAUUUUGAGCGGCGGUCUGAGGAGCCUGGCUACUUCCUGCAGGGCAUCCGCGUGUUCAAGCUGAAUGCAGAGCUGAAGUACGAGGAAGGUGGUCCGCCACCGCUGGGACUCGAGACGAUGAGCGUCCUGCAUGUGCCCGCAGCCGCGCUGGGUGAUGAGACGCCCGAGGACGCAGGGGAUGAGGGGGAUGACGCACUCAUGCACCCGAUGGUGGCGGUUGCGAGCGCAGUGCUGGCGCUACUCUGUGUGCGGCUGGCUGUUGCUGUGCCCAUCGAGGCAGCCCUGUGCCCUGCCAACUCAAAGGAAGCCGUGUCUCGGGCAGGCACCUUCUGCAUUUGCGUGGAUGACUUUGACUGUGAAGGCGCCGCGUGCAAGACAGGCCAUCUUGGCGGGAGCUUCAUUCAAGGCUUCUCAACCACAUGCUUGGAUUGCAAGUGCACCACAAAGCAGAAGACAGGUGCAUCCAGCGCACAAGGGAACUCUGUGGCAACGGCAGCUCAUUCAACAGAACCACACGCAACCAAGGCAGUGGCGCCCACGCACGCUCGUGCCUCACCACGAGCAGCUUCAGUCGCAGCACUCGAGGAUGGCGGCGGCGGCGGUGGUGGUGGUGGAGGUGGGCAGAGGGAUGUCAUUCCCAACAUUAUCUUCAUCAAGGCGUUCAAGGUUGCAUCCACAACCAUCGCAUCCGUCUUCCAACGGCUGCAAGAAGAGAAGCACUUGAAGGUUGCCAACCGCUACAACUCUGUCCAGCUUGGCAUGGAUGCCACCUUCAACCUCAUCUACGGUCACAACUUCUUCGAUCACGGCACCUCGCCAGGCGGCAGCGUCGUUGGCUGUCAUGUCCACCAGAACCAGGACGGAUCAUGGACGUACUGUGGCGGAUAUCAGCCGUGGAUGGAUGAAUACGUCCCCAAUGCCGUCCACCUCGUCAUGGUUGCCGAACCCAUGGAGAGGGUGGCGAGCAUGUACUACUACGAGUCAUCGUACACGAAACUAAAGGACCGACUGCCAGGCGAUACGCAAUACCUCCGCAUGAACGACAGCCCACGCUUUGAAGUUAUCCUCACUGGCUUCAUUCCGCUCUCGACUGUUUACCCGCGUUUUGGCAACCCCGGUGGGCUGCGGGAGACGACCAAGUAUCUUGGGUGUUACUCCGACCUGAAAGGCGAUGGUGGACGCUUCUUCCUCAAGCUCAUGUCCAGGAAACUCACCCUCAACGACUGCUGGCGGCGGUGCCAGCGCGAUUCGCUCCCGUAUGCAGCCCUGUACUUUGGCGACAACUGCUACUGCGGCAAACACCCUCCAAGGGAGGAUGCGCGUGUGGAGGAAGAUGGCCACUGCAACAAACCGUGUGCAGGCGAGCCGUCGCGCAUUUGUGGCGGUGGCGCCUUCUACAGCGUUUACCAGGAACUUCCACAGGGCAAUGCAUCAGGGCAGCCCAUUCUCGAGAUCCCAGAUGACAUGGUGCUGUGA